AGACUUUUUGGUCACACUGGCAGAUUACGCGACCGAAAGAAGGCUGCGCUGUUCCGGAUUCAAUCAAAUUGCAAGGUUUUUAGUGAGGAAACCGCUGACUUGGCCAGCCAAAAGAUGAAUAAGGUGAUCCGCCAGAUGUCCCAGCUGCGUUUGCAGGCGCCACAGGGUGCAGUACUCCUUAAACCGAGCGAAAGUCAAAGCUCCCUGCUUAGCCAUAAGAAUUCACCACCUGCCUUCCAAGUGAAAUCCCUGCACACCGGAGCUUCCACCGGCGUUCUGUGUGCCAAGUGGAACAAAUACAACUACGGACCCCGCAAAUGGCUGGAGUACAACAAAACGGUCCAUCCGCCACAGGAAGCGGACGAGGAGCCCAGGAAAGCAUACGUCUGCCAUAUGCGAAAUAACAUCAAAUACAGUCCGGACAAGAUGUGGUACAUCGCUGCCUUCGUUCGCGGAAUGUCCGUCGACGAGGCCCUUAAACAACUGAACUUUGUGCUCAAAAAGGGAGCCACCGACGUCAAGGAGACGAUUUUGGAGGCCCAGCAAAUGGCCGUGGAGCGACACAAUGUGGAAUUCAAGAGCAAUCUGUGGAUAGCCGAAUCCUUUGUGGGCAAGGGACGCGUCUUCAAGGGCGUGAGGCGCCAUGCCCGUGGUCGCUUUGGCCAGGUGGAGUACAAGCACUGUCACUACUUCGUGAGGCUGGAGGAGGGCGAGCCGCCGCAGCACUACUACCAGGAGCCACAGACGCCGGAGCAACAGUACGAGCAAUGGAUGGAGCAGAUGCGCAGCCGAAAGAUUAUCAGCUCGCUGUAGAUCCCUGCAAUUCCACUUCCAUUCUACCGAUCCGUACUUUUCAAAUCCUCGGCCAUCGCACUAAUCAUUUUUUUGUUUUUAGGAAAUUGUUUAAUAAAAAAAACAAAAGAAAAUGUGGAAAAA